AUGGGCAAUUCCUUAAGAGUGUUAUCUUAUUUAGAUGAAUCGCAAAUAGCAUUCAGGGGGAAAUGCCAUAAGUCAUUUAAAGAACUCAGAUGCCUCCAAAUUCCGCAUGAUGUUUCUGAGUUGCCACUGGAGUUUAAGAAACUUGAGCAUCUUGUUUACUAUAGGGGCCCUUUCACUGAAGCCAUGAGUUUAUAUGAGCUUCCUUCAAGCCUGCGUAGUAUGAGAAUUACAGUUUCUGCCGAGAACGGAGUUAAAGAUUCUAAGGUCACUUCAGCUUCUUCUCUUGUAGAAUUAGACUGCUAUUUGAAUAAUAUAGUGCAAAGCUUACCAGAUGGAAUGGAAAAGCUAACAAAGUUAGAGAGAUUAACUGUAUGGGGAUGCCAUCAGUUGAGGGAACUUCCUUCCAAAUUUGGGGAACUCAGAAACCUAAGACAGUUGACGCUAUUCAAUUGCAAUGAAUUGAAAGAGUUGCCUUCAGACUUUGGAAGACUCAGCAAUUUAGAAUGGUUAUUUCUAGAAGAAUGCCAUAAACUGAAACAGUUGUCUUCAGACUUUGGACAACCUAGCAAUUUGAAAUAUAUAUUUUUCAACCGCUGCUCUACGUUAAGUGAAUCGCCUUACAGCUUUGGGCAACUUAAUAAUUUGAAAUAUUUGAGUUUACACGGUUGCUCUGCAUUAAGUGUAUUGCCUUCAGAAUUUGGGCUACUUAAAAAUCUAGAAUACUUAUAUUUGAGCGACUGUUCUGGGUUGAAAGAAUUGCCUUGUGACUUUGGGCAACUUCAAAAUCUGAAAGAAUUAUAUUUGAGAGGCUGUUCUGGGUUGGAAGAGUUGCCUUCUGAUUUUGGGCAACUCAAAAAUCUGAAAUUUUUAGGCUUGCGGCAAUGUUCUGGGCUGAAAAAAUUGCCACUAAGCCUGGAAGAUCUUGUUAGAGGAGAUUGUGAACUUGAUUUUGAUUUAUUUUAA